GUGCUAUCGUAAACGUCUCUAUUUCGAGAUUGUUUGGGUCUAUGGCAGCAGCAAACCUAACAUAAACCAAAUAUUUUAGCAUCCUGUUAGAAUACCCCAAAAGACAGACGAAAUGAGAGAGAUCAUUUCCAUUCACGUUGGUCAGGCAGGAGCUCAAAUCGGUAAUUCUUGCUGGGAGCUUUACUGUUUGGAACAUGGAAUCCAACCAAAUGGUUAUAUGAGCCCUGAAGUUGCCGCAAGUACCGAAGAGAAUGGAUUUUCAACCUUUUUCGCAGAAACAGGACAAGGAAAAUACAUUCCUAGAAGCAUUUACGUAGACUUGGAACCCAACGUGAUUGAUGAAGUACGCACUGGACCUUACCGGGACCUUUUCCAUCCCGAACAAUUAAUCACUGGUAAGGAAGAUGCUUCCAAUAACUAUGCCCGUGGUCAUUACACUGUCGGGAAGGAGCUCGUCGAUGAUGUUACCGAUAAAAUCCGUCGUAUUGCUGACAACUGCUCUGGUCUCCAGGGUUUCCUCGUUUUUCACUCUUUUGGGGGUGGUACUGGUUCUGGUUUUGGAGCCCUUCUGCUUGAGCGUUUGGCUAUGGAAUACACUAAAAAAUCUAAGCUUCAGUUUUCAGUGUACCCGGCUCCUCAAGUGAGUACAUCCGUUGUGGAACCUUACAAUUCUGUCUUGACAACUCAUGCUACCCUCGAUUUGGCAGACUGCACUUUCAUGGUUGACAACGAGUCUUGCUAUGAUAUUUGCCGUAGAAACCUCGACAUUGAACGUCCUUCUUAUGAGAACCUGAACCGCUUGAUUGCUCAAGUUGUAUCUUCCAUCACAGCAUCUCUUCGUUUUGAAGGCAGCUUAAACGUCGACUUGGCUGAAUUCCAAACCAACUUGGUCCCUUAUCCCCGUAUCCAUUUCCCACUUGUCACCUAUGCUCCUAUCGUGAGCGCGGCCAAGGCCUACCACGAAUCUCACUCUGUCCAAGAAAUCACCAAUCAAUGCUUUGAACCUUACAACCAAAUGGUUAAGUGUGAUCCCCGUGCCGGUCGUUAUAUGGCUACUUGUUUGCUUUAUCGUGGUGAUGUGAUCCCUCGUGAUGUUCAGUCUGCUGUCACAAGCAUCAAAGCUAAGCGCACCAUUCAAUUUGUCGACUGGUGUCCUACUGGCUUCAAGAUCGGUAUUUGCGACCGCCCUCCUCAACAUAUUGAAGGAAGUGACAUUGCUAAGGUUGAUAGAGCUGUAUGCAUGCUUUCCAAUACCACGUCUAUAGCCGAGGCCUGGUCGCGCUUGGAUCACAAAUUUGACCUUAUGUAUAGCAAGCGUGCUUUCGUUCACUGGUACGUCGGUGAAGGUAUGGAAGAAGGUGAAUUUUCCGAGGCACGUGAAGACCUUGCUGCUUUGGAACGUGAUUAUGAAGAAGUUGGUCAGGACUCUAUGGAGGCUGAUUACAUGGAAGAGGAAUAUUAAUCGUAACGAUGAACCUGUAAUAUUUAUCCUAAAAAAUUGUCGUCUUUUCUUUUUAAAAAAAUAAGCAAAAAAAAAAGAAAAAACCUGUAUCUAAACGCUGUCUAUGUUCGUUCAUUUUUCCCAUACAUUUUACAUUUAUUUUUUUAUUUACUGUUGGUAUUCUAUAAAAGUUUGCUAAGUGAUUCGCACAGACGUUUCCAAACAAAAGGUUGCUCGUCGCCGCUACAAUUUUCUGUUCCUUCUGGUUCCAGUCAUUGCUUGUUUAUAAGAUGCAAUGAUUCCUUUGCAUAGAAGCAAUCUUUACAUGUUUCUCCUUCUUUUAUAAGUUGAUAUUGCUAUCCAUCAACUCCUUCUCUUUUUGUCGUAUGGCUCUUUACAAAAGCACAAGUAUAGUAUUCGUUCUUUGUGAUUUUCUCAUUAGUCUACAAAAUGGUAUUCAAAACAUUCCCUAAAUCUAUCUCGCUCCUUCCUGUUGUAGUGACAUCAUGAAACUAUCCUUAGCAAUUAUGUUCAAAAUGCAUAUUCUAGCCCAAAAUAAAAGAAAUAUCAAGCCGUACUUUCAUUGCUUCACUUAUAAAACUGAUCUUACAUA